AUGGUUUCCCCCAAAUAUGCUAAAUCUCAUAUCUUGAAGAUUGGAAACCCUACCAACCCCAUCUCGGUGCAACUCUAUCUCGAUUACGCAUGUCCAUUCUCUGCAAAAAUCUUCAAGAAGAUUGACACGGAAUUGAUCCCCAAGUUGGAGUCAAAACACCGAGAUGCUAUUCAGUUCGAGUUUUUGAACGUUAUCCAACCAUGGCAUCCAACCUCAGCGAUCAUCCAUGAGGUUGCCAUUGGCUACGCUAAGGUAUACCCCGAAAAUUUCUGGAAAUACUCAGCUGUUUUAUUCGAUAACACUCCAAACUUCUAUGACGUCCCAAUGUACGACUUGUCACGGAAAGAGAUCACCCAGAAGUUGAUUAAUUUGGCCGUGGACAAAUUGGGUGCUGACGAGGCUAAACUAUGGGAGGUCCUUAAGAUACACGAGGAUAAUUCGGGUACUGAUGUCACCAAAGAUCUCAAGUACUUUACCAGAUAUCACAGAACCACUGGUGUUCAUGUCACUCCUACGGUUUUUGUGGAUGGAAUCGUCGUUCCUAACUUGGAGAGUUCCACCCCUGUCGAUAAGAUGGUUGAGAUCCUCGAGACGUUUCUUUGA